AUGAAGCUACUUUCUCUUUAUUAUUUGGCAUUGGCUGUCGCUUUAGUUGAUGCAGUCACGGUUCACAAAACUGUCACUGUGACAUCUUGGGCAGGUAAAUCCACAUCUUGGGUAACUAUGGCCUGUACUUUCAAUAAUUCAGAAUAUUCUAAGUAUAUGGAUGCUACUACUUCAAGUAGUAAGACUUCCUCCACAAGCAGCAAGUCUUCCACCUCGACUGCUUCGACUACCAAGAGCUCAUCCUCUACCACAAGCACCAAGUCUUCCACUUCAACUACCUCAACUAGUAACAGCUCAUCUUCUACUUCUGUUGCCGUUUCCACCUCUAAAAACGAGAAAGGAGUGUCUACUUCAACUUCUCCAACCUCGAAGACCUCUAAUACUGCUACUUCCUCUAGUACUAGUUCCUCCACUUCUUCGAAGACAUCUAGUACCAGUUCUUCCACUACUUCAAAGACUUCCACUACUUCCACCAAUUCAAAGACCUCUGAUAUUUCAAGUACAAUAUCCACUAGCCACAAUUCAAAUACCUCUUCUUCUAGUUCCAAGACCGAAACCCCUUCUACCACAAAGUCCUUAACUACAAUUAUCUUGACUACCUCCAGUUGCUCUGGUAAUGUUUGUACCACUAAGAAAAUCACCUCUACUAGCGAAGUUUCAGUUUCUUCAGCCAGUUCUUCUAAAGCAACCACUACUACCACAGGCUCUGCUGAAUCAUCUGCUGCUAGCUCUAAGAGAGUUUCUGCUUCUAGUUACUCGGUAUCUAAUUCCACUAAAAGCUCUACUGCAAUGGUUACUAGUACAGGAAAAAAUAGUACUACUGUUCCAUCAUCCACCGAUGUCGUUUAUGUGACUGAUAACUCUGUUACUCUUGUUACUAUUACUUCUUGCUCCAAUAACGCUUGUGCAACUUCUUCCUUUACUACCGGUGUUACUGUGGUGACGGAUACUAUUGAUGAUGUGAAAACUAUCUAUACCACUUAUUGUCCUCUUACUAAGACUACUGCUUCAGAAUCUGAAAAAACCACUUUGAUUGCGAAAACUUCAUCAUCAUAUACUUCUGCUGUUGCUACUACGACCACCAGUGUUUUUGUCACAAGCGAAAAAGCUUCUGCCACUGUUGAUGCCACUGCUUCUACGAAGGCUGCAUCUGUUAUCACCAGUGCCGAAGAAAAAGCCGUCACAGCUACUGAUGAUUCAACCACAACUCUUUAUAAAACUAUUGCUAGUAAAUUAAUUGUUAAGACUGCUACCAGAUCUACCGUUAUUAAAGUCACUUCAACCUCUGCUGGAUCAGUUUAUACUACCGAAGUCACUACCGGUGUGGAAGUUGUUACCUCUAGUGGAUCUAGUUACCACUCCUACAUCCCAUUAUCAGAAACUGAAGCUGCAGUUGUUAGUGGCUCUUCUACUUUGGAUGCCUAUGCCUAUACUAGCUCUGGAACUGAAAGUUGGACAGUCUCUUCUACAUUGGCCGCAUAUGCCUCAACUACUUAUGAAUCUGAAAGUUCUAGUGGGGCCAUUUUGGUAUCAAACUCCAUUUCCGCUUCUAACGGAACUUCUAUCAGUAUCUUCGAUAACUCGGUUGGUAGAGCCAUGUCUUUCAGCAUAGGAGGUUUGAUUAUUGCUGUCUCGGUGUUGCUAUUAUAA